GAUUCAAACACGAGCUAAGCUCAUGUGACGAUAGCAAAUUAAUCUAUGUGUCUGCAUUUGAACCCAAUUCUUACAUAUGAUAUAUAGCAGAUGUCUCUGCCAAUUUAGCUAAAUUUGUCAUAGACUAAUUUGUCUGGAGUAUAAAAUCCCAGCUAGUUUAUCCCUUAAACUCAAAGAAAUGUUAGCUGAUUAAACAACAACACUACCAAACUACAAAAAGACACUACCAUCUUCUUCUCCAACCUUGCAACAACAUAGUUGCUACAAAAAGCAAAGUCGAACAUAUAUUAAUAAUAUCACAUUAAUUUCUUUACACAAUUUGUGUCUAAGAAACAAAAAAUGAAGCUCUCAACGUUACAACAGAGUUACAUUAACCGUCGAACAAACAGUUUCAGAGGAUCAACACAGUUAGAUUCGUCAACUGACGGCGCCGUUAAGUCACCGGCAACAAUUUUCUGGCUAGUUCUUCACGGCGUUUGUUGCUUAAUAAGUCUCGUUCUCGGUUUCAGAUUUUCUCGUCUUGUUUUUUUCUUCCUUUUUUCAACUUCAUCUAACAAUAUCUACACUGUUCCGUUUAACUCCGACGCCGGAAUCACUAUUCCGGUAGAAACUCAACUGAAUCAUAUCAAUAGCUUGAAUCGAACGGCUGUUGUUGCUAGUAGAGUGGUGGUCGGUCGACACGGGAUCCGAAUUCGGCCAUGGCCGCAUCCGGAUCCUGUGGAAGUAAUGAAAGCGCAUGGAAUUAUUGAAAGAGUUCAGAAAGAACAAAAAGCUUUGUUUGGUGUGAAGAACCCUAAAACGGUUAUUGCGGUUACACCGACUUAUGUGAGGACUUUUCAAGCGCUUCAUUUGACCGGUGUGAUGCACUCGCUGAUGUUGGUACCAUACGAUCUGAUUUGGAUUGUGGUGGAAGCUGGUGGUGUUACAAAUGAGACUGCUUCUCUUAUAGCUAAGUCUGGACUUAGAACUAUUCAUGUUGGGUUUCAUCAGAGAAUGCCAAAUUCUUGGGAUGCUAGACAUAAAGUUGAAUCUUUGAUGCGUCUUCAUGCUUUGAGGAUUGUGAGAAAAGAGAGGCUGGAUGGAGUUGUGAUGUUUGCUGAUGAUAGUAAUAUGCAUAAUAUGGAGCUGUUUGAUGAAAUUCAGAAUGUGAAAUGGAUUGGUGCUGUUUCGGUUGGAAUAUUGCUUCAUUCAGUUGAUGCUGCUGAGAUUUCUUCGUUGGUUCAAAAAGAAGGAGAGGAGGAUACCAUGCCAAUGCCGGUGCAAGGUCCUGCUUGUAAUGGUACUGAUAAGUUGGUCGGAUGGCACACCUUCAAUUCAUUGCGAUAUAGUGGAAAGAGUGCGGUUUACAUUGAUGAUCGGGCACCUGUGUUGCCGAGAAAGCUUGAAUGGUCUGGGUUUGUGUUGAAUUCCAGGUUGCUUUGGAAGGAUGUUGAUGAUAAGCCAGAGUGGAUUAAGGAUCUUGAUGCAUUGGAUGGGGAUGGUGAGGAGAUAGAGAAUCCACUGUCCUUGCUCAAGAGUACCACUGUGGUAGAACCACUAGGGAGUUGUGGACGCCAUGUUUUGCUUUGGUGGUUGCGGGUUGAAGCUCGCACAGACAGCAAAUUCCCUGCUCGAUGGAUAAUUGACCCUCCUUUGGACAUCACGGUUCCAUCAAAACACACUCAAUGGCCAGACGCUCCUCCUGAACUCCCGUCUAAUGAUGAAAAAGAGAAAGUGUUCGCUGGCACAGAAGAACAAUCGAACAAGCACACUACAAAGACGAAAACAUCCAGAUCCAGACGCAGUAGAAGUAAGAGAAAGCAUGACACCAAAGUGAUUGGUGUACAGGUCUCUACACAUUCUGAACAAACUGAGAUAUGAAUUACUGCAUCUGAGAAUUUACUGCCUUGUGUUUAUACGAGACUGCUGGCCUUCAGCGACAAGAAGCUGAUUUCUUCCUGGAUACAUAAAUCAUUCGCGAAGCUUUUAUGGUUGGCCCGCAGUAAUAUGUGCAUUUGAAUCCGAUUUUCACCCAUUUUUUACAUUUCUUUUAUUAUUUUUUCUUGGAGGAGCUAUACAUCAGUUCAUAUGAAAGAUGAAAGGGAAAUAUCAACUUAGUUUUGCAGCAUUGGCUGUCUUGUGGGAAGCCUGUAUUCAAAUUUAUUUUAUGUUUAUACAUAUUAUUCUCAAUAGUAUUAUAAAUUCCAUUUUAUUCUUUCUUAUGCAGUA